CAUGCAUAUCUAUAAAACAAAGUGGACUCGUCAAUACCAACUCAACUGAUUCAAAGCACAAUAUUGGUGCUGGUGCCUAUUCGUAAUAUGAUAAUUUAUCAGAUUUGUAUGUUUUUAUGGUUUUGACAGAUGUGUCAAACGAAUUAUGAAAAUGAGGUCUAUUGGAAUUACUUUUGUUAGUUUUAUAUUAACAUUUAUUGUUGUUGGAAAUGCAUAUUAUCAAAAGAAACAGUUUUAUCCAUCCGUGGUAUAUAUCACGAAAUCGAAUCCAUCUAUGGCUGUAUUGUAUAUACAAGCCUUUAUUGUGGUUUUACUGAUUGGAAAAUUAAUGAGAAGGGUGUUCUUUGGACAGUUACGUGCCGCAGAAUUUGAACAUUUGAUGGAAAGAUCUUGGUAUGCUGUGACGGAAACAUGUUUAGCGUUUACAGUAUUUCGAGAUGAUUUCAAUCCAAAAUUCGUGGCAUUGUUUACUGUGCUGUUAUUUUUAAAAUCAUUCCAUUGGUUAGCAGAAGAUAGAGUAGAUUAUAUGGAACGAAGUCCAGUAAUUGGUUGGAUAUUUCAUUUAAGAGUAUUAAGUUUAUUACACGUACUUGGAUUAUGCGAUAUGUACUUCGUAGCACACGCAUAUCAAUCAACUAUCACUAAAGGGGCAUCUGUGCAACUAGUAUUUGGAUUCGAAUACGCGAUAUUAAUGACAAUGGUCAUAAAUGUGACCAUUAAGUAUGCGUUGCAUUCAGUUGACUUGCAUAGUGAUAAUCCAUGGGAAAAUAAGGCUGUUUUACUAUUGUACACAGAAUUAAUAAUGGGCUUCAUAAAAGUCAUACUAUACAUUUCAUUCGUAGCAAUUAUGGUUCGUAUUUACACGCUACCAUUAUUUGCGUUCCGACCGAUGUACUAUACGAUGCGAAACUUUAAGAAAGCAUUCAACGAUGUCAUACUAUCGCGGCGUGCAAUACGAAAUAUGAACACGUUGUAUCCGGAUGCAACGCCAGAAGAGUUACAGGCAGCGGACAAUGUGUGUAUUAUAUGCCGAGAAGAAAUGGUUACUGCAUCAAAGAAAUUACCAUGUAAUCAUAUCUUCCAUACGGCUUGUUUACGAUCAUGGUUUCAGAGACAACAGACUUGUCCUACAUGCCGAUUAAAUAUUUUACGUCCUAUUUCACAAACUAGAAAUGUAGCUGGUGCUCAACAACAACAAAGAAAUGCUCAACCUCCACAACCUGCUGGUGAGGGAGCUGAAGCAGCUGCAAAUCCAUUUCAAAUGUUUGCGGGUGUCAAUCCAUUCCAUAUACCACCAAUGUGGGGAGCACCACCAGCGCCACCUGCACGUGACGCAAACAAUGCACGAAACGGUGCAUCAUCAUCAACAACAACGCCACCACCAAUUCCACCACAAUUUUUACCGCCAUUACCACCUUUUGCGUUUAUUCCAUUUACUGUACCACCGCCACUACCAAAGUUAUCAACAUUAUCGACUGAAGAGUUAAAACGACUUGAGGGUAAUGAACGUGAAGCAGUUGAAGCACGAAUACAACUAUUACGAAACAUACAACUAAUGUUAGAUUCAUCGGUUGCAAUGAUGCAACAAUACACUUUUGUGGCGGGUACGUCACAAACAACUACUAGGGAUCCUAAAGAUACUAAAGAUAAGGAUAGUUCUAGUGAAGAACAAGGGUCAUCAACAACAGCUACAUCAUCUUCAGAUAGUAACACAACUUCUCAGCCAGAUGUUGUAUCCACUUCUAAUAGCAACGCGACACAAGCAAAUCUAGCACAAUCAACCGAACAUAAUGAGAUACGUAUGCGUCGUUUACAAAGGUUUCAAGCUGAACAAACCGCAAAUCAACAACAAUAAAUGAACUUUACGCGCUCGCCCGCCGAAUCAUCGUUAAUUGAUUCAUUUGUUUUUUGUGUACUGACGAAGAGACUCUUGUUGUGUGGCUUAGUGUGAUAUGAAUGGCAUUGCGUGUACAAACUGUUGCUAAAAUUUAAAAAAAAAACUUGUACUUGUAACUGCUAUUAUAAUACUUUAUAUAUAAAAACAAAAAUAUAUCCUGUAAAUUAUGACAUUAAAAACAA